AUGAACGAGCGAAGUACAUUCCUUCUUGCAUCUGCAAAGGAUCUGGAUGGGCGGCGCUACUUUCCCGCGUGCCGAUCGUGGAACAACGGAGACAAGUUCUUUAACGCAGUCUACGUCGGACCUUCCGUGGCCCAGCAAGUGUCCAAGAAACACAAGACCUCGAAGCGCGUGUUCCUCACGUACAACAAGGCCAUCGACAUGGCUCGUGAGGACUCUCAGCUGCUCGUGGAAGAUAUGAAGGUGUUUAUCAUCGUCAGAAGCCAGCUGGCUCCAUGCGUCUUCAUGAGCAACCAUCUUACGAUGAAGCUGCCUCCAAACUCUCCGAAGCUGCAAACGACGGACUCGGUAGUGGAGCAGUUUGCUGAUCGGAGAUGCAAAGUUGGUCGUGGUGUUCACUCAAUACAAGAAGGAGCGCAAUUGAUCAGUUUAGCCUUCGUGCAAGAAUUGGCUCUUGUUUGCGAGAAAAAACAGGACGGCAUGCUAGCGCUUACUAAGUCGCUCCACAUCCUUCCGUGUCUCGAAGAACAAUGCAUGGUUUGCGUCAUCGGCGUUAGCAGUAGGCCAUACCACGUUCAUAUGUGGAAUCCUUAG